UCAAAGGAUUUUCAUGUAGUAUAUUACUAGGGCUGUGUAAUAAUUUUUACUGAGUGCAAUCCUGGUUAUUAUGGUUUAACUGUACUUCUAUUUGUUUUCAAAAGAAAUGUGAAGAUUCUGCUUAUUAUAAUCAUGUGAACGAAUUAUGCAAUAAUACUAGUAGUAGUAAGUAUACAAAUUUUAUCUACAUACAGGCCUGUUGUAGAUCUGAUAUUUUUUUAAACAAAUGUUAAUCUCCGAUUUCAUACAAGAGCAAAUGGCAGUACAGUGGUAGUUAGAAAAUCAUAUAAACUUGUCAGUAUGAAAUUAUUGUGAUUUUUUUUAUGCUUGUCUAAGAUAAAUCAUAUAAACUUGUCUGUAUGAAAUUCAUAAUAACACAACUUUAUGGAUUUACUACUUCUUGGUUUAUUACAUGCAACGUUUCAAUACUAUUACAGGUAUCUUUAUCAAGCAAUGAUCAAUAAUGAAUAACAACCUACAUUUAUAGUACAUUCAUGAGUAAGACAAUAAAAACAUAACAUUAAUUAAUGGUUAUAACAACAACAUUUCCCUUUGAAACACACCCGUCCGUCCACAAUUUGUUUGCCGACACUCUACAGGUCACAAUUUUUAUCCGAUUUUGAAGAAACUUGAAAUAUAGGUCUAUCUCCCAAAGAUCUCGGUUCCUUUCUUCGAUACUGGCAUGUAUCAGACCAUAACUACUUGGAUUAUGGCCCCUGAUUGUACGAAAAAAUCACGUUUUAGCUUGUGGACACUCUAUGCGCCAGUAUCGAAGAAAGGAUCCGAGAUCUUUGGGAGAUAGACCUAUUUGGGUUGAACGGUGAUAUACUAAAAUGGGUUUUUUAAAUCGGGAUAAAAAUUGUGACCUCUAGAGGGACUACAAGCUAAAUACGCGAUUUUUCGUACACUCGGGGGCCAUAAUUCAGGAAGUUACGAUACCAAUAUGCGCGAAUAUCUAGAGGAACCAAGAUCUUUGGGAUAUUAACAUGCAUUCCAAGUUUCAUCAAAAUCGGAUCAAAAUUGUGACCUCUAUAUCAAAUUAUACUUUCUCUACUGUUUGUUUGUUCAGUUCUUGUUUUUUGUGCAGUUAUCCUGCAUUGUCUGUCACAUUAGAUUAUGCCAUCUCUCUUUAUGAGUUAGUUAAUUCAUACUUUACAAUAUUAUAAAUUAAAAUGAUUAUUAUUCAUCCAAAGGCAUGGGGCUAUUAAAAUGGGUCUUUCCGUCUUUUUGGGACACAAUAACUCUCCUUCUAAUUGAGCUAAAAUGUUCAGACUUGGUGUAUGUGUUUAUUAGGUGAAUGCCUUAUGAGCAUUUUCUGCUUAGGAUAAUAAUCAGAGAUCAGCAAUUUGAUUGGUUGAUGCUUUGGGACACGAUAACUUUAGUAGUUCUAAUUAAGUGAGAUUGAUGAAACUUGGUGUAUAGUUUCAUUACAUCAAAACCUUGACUAAGUUCGAUAAUGAACAUUUUCUGCUCAGGGUAAGCAGAGGGAUAAGCAAUUUGAUUGGUCGAGACUUUGGAGUUUGACAACUUUGAUUCUAAUUGAAGUGGUGAAACUUUGUGUAUAUUUUCAUUGCAUUACAUCAAUACCUUAAAAAAGUUUGAUGCUGAGCAUUUUCAGCUUAUGCAAAGUAGAAGGUUCAGUCUGAUUGGUCAAGACUUUUGAACACAAUAACUAUCCUUCUUAUUGAGAUAAAAUGUUCAAACUUGGUGUAGGUGUCUAUUAGAUGAAUGCCUUGACAGAGUUCGAUUAUGUGCAUUUUCCACUAAGGCUAAUCAGAUUGGUUGAGACUUUGGAACACAAUAACUUUGGUUAUAUAAUAUUGGGUGAGACUGAUGAAACUCUGAGUAUAGAUGAAACUUAGUGUAUAGUUUUACUACCAGGUACUUCAAAACCUUGACUGAGUUUGAUAGUGAACAUUUUAUGCUUGAUUAAUAUAUGUCAUCUAUUUAUUUUGGGGUUUCGGCGGGGGAUAUCAGCCUCACUGUUGACUUGUUUUAAACAGAAACUGUAUUACCAGGAGAAGUAAGCGGAGGUCCUACAAUUGGCAUUGUUAUUGGCGUUAUACUUGUUCUACUGUUAAUACUCAUUAUAGUCUUUUUCAUAAUAAGGCAGAAAAGAAGGAAAGUAAAACAGAAAGUUAUUUGUGGCGUUAAUGAACCGGUUAUUGAACUAGAUGACCAUGUGGUUCAUAUUGAAAAUGAUGAUCCAGUGUAUGUCAAUGAAGAAAUAAGGAAUCAUAGAUCAGUUGAACUUUUGUCACAGCAAUCCAAAGAUCAUAUGAUGGAAAGUGAAGAUGAUGAGGAAGAGGAUGAGGCUUACUUAUUAAAACUAAGUGUUGAAGAAGUAGAUUAUUAUAAUCUAGAAUGCCAGUCUAAAAAAACAGAGAUAGAUGUGGAUGAAUUAGGGAGAUUCCUGAAUGGAGCAUUAAUAGGUGAUAACAAUUUCAAGAAUAUGUAUAAGAAACUCCCAAGUGGCAUUUCUGCCACUUUUGAGAUCUCACAGAUACCAGAAAAUCGAUCAAAGAACAGAUUUAAAGGAUACUACCCAUAUGAUUAUAACAGAGUUAUUUUGGAAUUUUUACCUGAUAAACCCCAUUCUGACUUUAUAAAUGCAAGCUAUGUUGAUGGAUUUGAAUCUCAAAACUAUUUUAUAGCAGCUCAAGGUCCAACUAAGAAAACUGUGAAUGAUUUUAUUAGAAUGAUUUGGGAGAAGAAAUGUGACAAAAUAAUAAUGCUAACCAAAACAUAUGAACAGAGAAAGUAUAAAUGUGAAAGGUAUUGGCCAGAUAACGAGAAAGAGGUAUUUGGUGACUAUGAAUUAGUUGUAGAGGAAGAAAAGACAAGAUGUGAUUAUACAGUUAGAAAAAUUACCAUGAAGAUGGUUGGAUCACGAAAGUCUAACAGAAGUCACACUUUCUUCCAUUAUCAUUUUACCUCAUGGCCAGAUCAUGAUGUGCCUGGUAAAACACAGUUAUUAGAUUUCCUCUAUUAUACCAGAAAAUAUUCAUCACAGUCUUCUAUUAUUGUACACUGCAGUGCUGGUAUUGGUCGUACUGGAACAUUCAUUGCUGUAGAUGCUUUAUUAAAACAAGGUGAUAAAACACAUAAAGUAGAUGUAGAUAAAUUUAUCUACAGAAUGAGAGGACAAAGAAAAAACAUGAUUCAAACACCGUCUCAGUUAAAAUUUUUAUAUGAAGUAUUGAUAGAAGGUUUUAAAUAUGGCGAUACUAGUCUCAGUUGUGAGACUUAUGUUACUGGAUAUACUCAACAUGGUUCAUCACUUGUUAUGGGCAAAUCAUCUAUUGAACAACAAUUUAACUGUUUAAAACCAAUCAGUGAUUCGACAAUAAGAAAAAAAGACCACUGGUUCAGUCUACCUUCUAGGAAAAGCAGCAUUGGUUAUUCAAUCAUCGAAGAAAAGCAAAUGGAUCCCCUAGAGUUUUGGAAACAGGUAAAAAGUAACGGAAGUCAUCUUGUAGUUCAGCUAUCAGAUGAGAGUGAUGUUGAUUUUUAUCCAGUGUCUGGUAGCCAGACAAGUAUUGGUUUACUAGAAGUUAAAUGUGAAUCAGUUGUGACAAUUACUACAGAUUUGUCUAGUACAAUAGUUACUGUAUGUGGUGGUGAGAAGAGAACUUGUAAAGGAAUAAAGCUGUUGAAAAUGGUUAUUCCACAUAAAGAUCUGGCCAGUCUGUUUGGUAACAUCAUGAAAAUAUUAAUUGACCAUGUAGAAAUGCAUGAUAAUGGAAUGGUGCCAAUCAUUGUCCUAACCAGUCAGUAUGUUUAUGGAGUGAUAUUCUGUUUAUUGAGGAAUAUUAUACAGAGAAUAAAUAUUGAUGAUCAAGUAGAGGUUUUUAACUCUGUAUCAGUGAUUCGUUCUAUCUGUCCCUCGGCCUUUACAUCAAAGAGUUUAUACAAAGAUGUCCAUCAGUUUGCCUUGGAAUACAUUACCAGUAUGAGUGAUUAUGCCAAUUUGAAAUCCUGAUUCCUGAAACUUUGAAACAGACUCUUCUUCUGAUAAUUAAUAUAAAAUUGUGUAGGCCUACAUGCUAAAGAUAUGAAUAAACAUCAGUCUGUUGGUUGAACAGUCUUAGCUUAAUGAUUAUUAUAAUUUGUUUAUGUAAACUCAAGGACAAAAUUCGGGUUGCCUUCUUCUUGUGUCAUAUUUUAGGAGGAUGUCUAUUGAUUAAAGGCACAAUAUUCUAGACUAAAUGGACAAAUACAGAGAUAGAGAAAGAUGGGAUUUAAGAAACACUAAACCCAAACUAGGUCAUUUCGAGACUAACAUGGUUCAAUUUUAUUUCAAUAAUUUGCUUGUGUAUAUAGGGGUCUUUAGCUGUGGGAGGAAACCUGAGAACCCAGAGAAAAUACAUGAGGUUGGACAGACGACCCAACUCCUUGACAAGUACAAGUGGGAAAUCAAUACCAUGCCACUUGACUCACUGACAGACCUUAUGAUCGAAUGCAAACAUGUUUAACCAUUCAGCCACCACCCCCCACUCACCCACCCCCAUAGAAGUUGUCAAAAAAAAAGGAAUAAAACUAACUGAACUAAUACAGUUAUCUUUUAAUACCUUACAUGUAUCUUUUUGUUUUCAACAAAUAUCCACAUGAAAUGUUAAAUAAAUGCAUCUUUCUUUGA